AUGCGAGAGCAAAGGCUGCGACUUGUGUUCGGGGCGGAAAUCUUAGACCUUUCCGAGUGUGACGGUCAAUGGGGUAUGACCGGUUUGCCGUCUCUGAAGUCGAGCAACCUUGAGGAAGGCUUUAAGAAAGUAAUACAUUGGGGAAACAUCUCCUCGACUCCUCUCCCUGCACUUUGUGUUGAAAAUUGGCUCGGAGUAAAAUGGCUCUGGAUUGACUCCUUGUGUAUCAUUGAAGGGGACGAUUCCGACGGGAGACAUGGAACCUGUAACGUGGCCAACAUCUACAAGCAUGCGACUCUCCGUGUAGCAGCUGAUGCUGCCAAAGACGCCCGUGGCGGAUUGUUUCAAUUCAGACGAGACUUCGAACUCACGCCGCUAAAGAAUACAUUCCAGGUAUACCGAAAACGCACAUGGCCAUCCGCGAUGGAUGGGACUGUCUUGCCUCGCUACGAGAAGGAUACCUGGGACAAAGCUUGCCCGAGGCGUCCUGCACUUCACUCGGAACAAGCUCUUCUGGGAAUGCUGCGCCAGAGAACCAGAUAUCGUCGGCGAAAUUCCCCAACCAAUGAUGGUAUCAAGCGAGACAUUUUCUCAAGGCGUGCCUCGCGCGUUGCGGCUAUAUAUCAAACACGAGGCAUACCGGCGACGGGGAGUACGAUCAUGAUAUGUUCACCCGGUUGAAACCCCAUAAUAUUGUGUUCAUAUGAACUUCUUGCUAUGCUCCAGUUUCUGGAGUCAGUAAUCCUCUUCCCCGGAUAACGAUUCAUUUUCUUAAUGUCACCGCAACCAGUAGUCGCUUACUGUUUUGUCAGGUCCCAGCCACUGAGGUUUUUGGCAUAAUCUAAUUAAUCUUUAACCCUUCUCUUUUCCAUUAGUACCUCUUUCACGAGCAAAACCAAUGUGACUAAGUCACGUAGCCAA